CAGCUUGUGCCGGAAUCAUCUUAUCGACAGAAAAGAAAAGAAAAGAAGAGAAGAGAAUCCAAUUGUUGUGAGAAGAAGAGGAAAAAUGGCGGAGGAAGGAGUAGUGAUCGGUUGCCACAGCGUGGAUGAGUGGAAGGAUCAGCUCAAGAAGGCAGAAGACUCCAACAAACUGGUUGUAGUGGAUUUCACAGCUUCUUGGUGUGGGCCGUGCCGCUUCAUUGCCCCAAUUGUGGCGGAGUUUGCUAAGAAGUUCACAAAUGUGGCGUUCCUGAAGGUGGAUGUGGAUGAAUUGAAGACUGUGGCUGAGGAGUGGGGAAUUGAGGCAAUGCCAACCUUCCUCUUCAUCAAACAAGGUAAAUUAGUAGACAAGGUCGUUGGCGCUAAGAAGGACGAACUUCAAUCCACUAUCACCAAGCAUGUUGCUGCUGCUGCUUGAACCAUCUUUCCAUACAUGACUUCGUCAUCGCCAUCUUAUCUGAAAUAUAAGUGAUGAAUAAUUCUAGUACUAGUUUUGGAUGCUCAAUUUCUACCCACAUACAUUGCACUUUAAUUACCUGUAUUUUAAGUCAGCUCGGGACUUAGUAGUAGUACAUGCACCGUUGCAUUAUCCUACUUGUGAUUAAGUUGUAACCCCUCUGUUGUUGAAAUUAAAUGAGCAUUAUAUCAUUUAUCAAAA